CUCCAAGCCACUCGAUCGAGUAGACGCCGCCAUUACCUUACCACGCUACCGGAUCUGUCAUAGCAAAUCAAAUAGUUUUCGUGCAUUUAUAAUAAUCAGUGAAGUUCUUUGCCGUGUUCAUAGAAAUCAAUAUAUAAAUAAUUUCAAGGCAAGAUGUCUGACGAGAAAAAGGGCGAAACCGAGCACAUUAAUUUGAAAGUCUUAGGGCAGGAUAACGCUAUAGUGCAGUUCAAAAUUAAGAAACAUACACCUCUCAGAAAGUUGAUGAAUGCAUACUGUGAUCGAGCGGGUCUAUCAAUGCAAGUAGUCCGAUUCAGAUUUGACGGCCAGCCUAUCAAUGAAAAUGACACACCUACAUCACUGGAAAUGGAAGAGGGUGACACAAUAGAGGUGUACCAGCAACAGACGGGUGGCACUCUAGUGUAAAUUGUAUAAUAAGGAACUGUCCAGUUAUGGGAAGAUUGACCCAUCUCAAAAGUUUAACAUUAAGUUAAUAUUAAUUACCUACAUUAUUAAUUAUCUGUGAAGUGUUUAAUUUCUGAGACGCAAUGUCUUAAUUGAUAUUUUUCUUCUCAUGAUGUCUCUGAAAUUCAAAAACAACAUUGGUGUGUGUAAAUUAUUUUGACCUGGCACUAUAAGACAUUUUCACACACAUAUCUGUGUGUGUUGUGUCUAUGAAGCCAAAGAAAUACAUUUCACUAAAAUGUGACUGAAUAUGACAUUUUGCAUUCAUUCAUGUGCCAAGUACAAAUAAUUUAAAUAUACAAAACAAUGGAUUCUGAACUGUUUUGGUUUCAAAGACACCUUUUGCCUAUUAUUUGUUUUUUUUUCUACCCAAAUGUGUCUCGGAAAUUUAAAAACUAAAGUAAGUGGGUAAACUUUGAGAUAAACCAAAAUGAUUUCAGGUGACUUCAUUAUAAUUCCAUUGUGAUAAUUUAAGUUAACGCGUUUACAAACAGACAGUAUUUUGAAUGCUGAAUCGUUUAGGCAUUAUGACAAGUGUUUAUGUGGAUAACUAAUUUAUUGGACCUUUGUCCAUCUUACUAUCAUCGCUGAUCAAUGUUAUACCUAUCUAUUGGAAUUAAAAUAAAAGUAAAUGUAUUGCAAUUGGUUUUUAUUUUUGCUCUCACCAUUCUAUACCGCUUACAAAAAGUCUGUAUUUUAAAUGCUGAAUCUUUAAUAAAUAGGAUGGUUUUUUAUGUGGAUAACUGUAAUUUAUUGAAUCUGUGUCCAUCUAUCUCACUUGUCAUCUCUGAUUCAUGUUGUACCUAUCUAUUGGAAGUAAAUAAAAGUAAAUGUAUUAAA